AUUAGGCCUAACGACAUGUUAUUUCCAUCAAUAGGGGUUGCAGCAGUUGCACAACAUGGAAAUCAUGCCGGAAACCACGUCCCAAAUCCAGGAGAAGUUGAUGCAGCUAUCGUUAAUUUAAACUUGCAUUACAAUGACAACCUGUGUUUGGAACUUCUGCUGGUGAACUGUGCCACUCACGUAACACAAGGAGACGAGAUGGUGUGCGGAUCCAACGGAAGAACAUAUGCAAAUCACUGUGAAUUUACCCAAGCAGUAUGCGAGUUUCUCCAUUCACCCGAGCAUUUAAGUAUUGCUCACCAUGGUUUAUGCAUCAUAACAACACCAGCGCCGUCAACAAUAGCAUCCAUGAUUGCCAGUAUGACGACUACGAUGAUGGCGACAACCUCAACGGACCCAAUAGCCAAUAUUGUACAAAAUGUGUUCUGUCAAAAUAUUGAUACCAUCAAUUGUGGACAUGCUUUCGAACUUAUCUGCGGAUCCGAUGGAAAAUUUUAUCCAAAUCGGUGCGAGAUGUCAAAACAAAAAUGUAACAACCCGUCACUUACUGUGGCUGACAAGUCUUCCUGUACCUUAUUAGGGUAAAAGUUGAGUAAAACAUUCUGUGUACCAUAGGCAAAAGACAAAUACAAAUACGUUAUUGUUUUA